AUGUCUCUCAAAAUUAAACGAAAAACUCUACCAGAAGAUCACCCUUCAUUAGCUAAUACCUACAACAACAUUGGUCUCGUGUAUGACAACAUGGGUGACUACUCGAAAGCAGUAGAAUUCUACAAAAAAACAAUUAAAAUAAAAGAAAAAGCUUUGUCUCCCGAUGACCCGGAUUUAGCUCUGUCCUACAACAACAUCGGCCAAGUGUAUAACGCCACAGGUGACUACUCGAAAGCACUUGAAUUUUACGAAAAAUCACAUAAAAUCUACGAAAAAGCUCUGCCUCCGAAUCAUCCCAAUUUGGCUAUUUCCUACAAUAACAUCGCUUCGGUGUAUGAUGACAUGGGUGACUACUCGAAAGCACUUGAAUUUUACGAAAAAGAUCUCGAAAUCACGAAAAAAGCUCUGCCUCCGAAUCAUCUCUCAUUGGCUACUUCCUACAACAACAUCGGCCUAGUGUAUAACAACAUGGGUGACUACUCGAAAGCACUUGAAUUUUACGAAAAAGCACUUAAUAUAAAAGAAAAAGCUCUGCCUCCGAAUCAUCCCGAUUUGGCUAAUUCCUACAACAACAUCGGUAUGGCGUAUUCUGGCAAAGGAGACUACUCAAAAGCACUCUCAUUCUUAGAAAAGGCACUUGCUAUCCGUCAAAAAUCACUUCCGUCAACACAUCCUCAUAUUAAAGAAACGAAAGAUAACAUUGAUCAUGUUAAAAAGAAAAUGUAA